AGCCCAAGCCCGUUCCCGUUGUCGCAUCCGCGCCGUCUCGCAAGGCCCAGCCUGAGUCCUCUGAGAGCUCGUCGGAAGAUGAAGAGGAGGUUCAGGAAGUCCCCCCGCCGCCAAAGGUCGAGAAGUCGUCUCGCACUCCCGCUCCCACUCCCAAGCGCCGGGUUCCUGCAGAACCUGCGCCGGACUCGGAGCACUCGGGCGAUGAGGCCGCAAAGCCAGCGCCGGCACGCAAAGGUCGUAAGCAGGCCGCGCCUGCACCGACAGGCCCGGUCGACCCCAAGUUGGCAAACCAGGUGAAGCGGAGGCGUAAGGGAGCUGCCGCUGACGAAGAACCUGCUCCCCCGAAAGGCCCCGUCUGGUUCUAUCUCACCAGCCAGGAGGUCAGGGAACGGAAGGAGGUCAUGACCCCCGUACAAUACGAACUCCUCAAGUACGAGUCGAAACAGGACCCUACGACGUGGCUGCCUUACAACUUGGACGGCCACUGCAAGUCGAAGACGGGUAUGAGCGUAGCGCUGGCGGACAAGAUCACGUACGCGAUGAACACGCAAUACCCUAUCGAACUCUACACCGGCCCGCUCGGCAUGUAUCCCGUAAGCGUCCCAGACCAGAAGAAGAUCUGCAGCGACGCCUUCACCAACGCCCUCAAGGAGGACAACGACAAGAUCCCGAAGAUCAUGACGCGCUAUAGCUCAGAGGCGAAGUUCCGUAAGGUGGUAACUGAACUGAUCCACGACAGACGCCACCAGGCUCGCGGGAAAGUCAUGAUAAUGGGUCGUCAUGCUCUUUUCGCCCUCUUUGGGCUAGCGCCGUUCGACAACCAACCGCUUAUACUCCAGAAUGCGGUGAACGAACUUCUUCGUGGUUCGAACUUCCUUUAUCCGGGCAAAUUGGAGAUUCAGAACAAUCGAAAGUCGUUCAAAUAUGUUAUCAGUACUGAAGAUCGUAGCCGCGAUUACUGCGGCGGUUCCAUCGUGCAGAUGACAGCCAUGUCAUUCUUUGGGCAUGCCAGUAUAGUAAGGGAUCGCAAGAACAGAGGCGUGCCUGGGUUCGACUUCGACGCUUCGGUAUUCCCCGAGGCUUCCUUCGUGCGCCGCGAUGCGGACCCCGACCAGCCCAAGCCCCGUGAAAUGCCGAUCGCGAUGUUGGCGUUCGUGGCGGCUUCGAUCGAGCACGCCUUGAACGAGUGGGAUCAUGGCACAUACCGGGAUAUCCCGCUGGUAGACGCUAACAUAAAGCGACCGUACGACCGCCAUCUGCGCGACCUGAAUAAGAAGAAGCCGCGCGCGCGCUCCCUGCUGCUACAGUAUGUGUAUAAGUUGGCCAGGGAGUGGACUCCCCCCACGAUCGAGAUCACCGACGAUGAACGCCCGGAAAUUGGCACAUCUGAGGCCGAGGACCUCUACCCCGCGUAG